AUGAAUACUUUCAAGCCUGAACUGUUGAAUUACCGCCUGUCGGAGAAUUGUGUAGGUAUUAAAGUCACAAACAGCAAUUGCGAAGAAAUCAAAUCCAAUGAAUCCUAUCUUCCAAAAACUCCUUUGAUUCCUCUAGGUAAAUUUAAGGGAAAAUAUGAUACUAGAAAAUUUAGAUGUUAUAAGAAGCUGUGCCAUCAAUCCAACUUCAAGAACUGUCAACAUUGUAAAUAUUUACCAUAUACUUCAUCACCUUUAAAAAACCGGGAUUACUACUGCGAAAAUAUCGAAAUAAGAGAACCAGAAUUGAACUCAUAUCAGAGAGAAAAGUUACAGAGUGAUGCUUAUAGUAUCGAAAGUAACUUAGUUUGUUUAUUGAACGGUGUCAUGGAUGAUUAUGUGGCUGAUCAAAAGGACCAAACCAGCAGCUUAAUCUUAAAAUCAGAAAAUGUUUUCUUGGAUUACUACUCUAUUCAUUUUCCUUCAAUUCUGAAAUAUGCAAGUACUCAGCAAAUAGAAGGGGCAAAUGUUGAUAAAGCUUUGAAGCAUUUGUUUAAAAUUACAAACAGAAUUAGAUCAUUGGCAUUGAUAUCGUCUUUGCGUCGUUAA